CAUCGAGCGCCGCCUCGCUCUCUCUUCCUCCAAGGAGAGGAACGCUCGCGAUUGGAGAGGCGAAGGAAGGGACCCUAGCGAGAGUCGUUCUGGUUCGCUGCUUAAUUAUGGCUUCCAAGAGGAUACAGAAGGAGUUAAAGGACUUGGAGAUGGACCCGCCCCUGUCAUGCAGUGCAGGUCCUGUUGGUGAGGACAUGUCCCACUGGCAAGCCACCAUUAUGGGACCUGCUGAUAGCCCAUUUGCAGGCGGUGUAUUUUUAGUGAGUAUUCACUUUCCACCAGAUUAUCCCUUCAAGCCACCAAAGAUGAAAUUUCUAACACAAGUCUAUCACCCAAAUAUCAACAGUAACGGCAGCAUCUGCCUUGACAUUCUGAAGGAGGAAUGGAGUCCUGCUUUGACAAUAUCUAAGGUGUUGUUAUCGUUGUGCUCACUCCUCACUGAUCCCAACCCUGAUGAUCCUUUGGUUCUUGAGAUCGCUCAAGUUUACAAGACUGAUCGAGUCAAGUAUGAGACCACUGCCAGGUCAUGGACUCGGAAAUAUGCCAUGGGUUAAAUAUUCGCGUGAUGUAAACCAAUCACUUAUGUUUUUAUUUCAUUAAGUAGGGUUGGUUAUAUAGCAUCACUUAUGCAAUUGAACUUUCCCUACUAUAUUAUUUACAUUUAAAUAAUUUUUAUCAUAUUCUAUCAUUGUCAA